AUGAUCCAAAUCCACUCCACAAAACACGAGCCCGACCCAACCCUCACUCACUCUUUCCUCAUAAGCUUCAUCAUACUCCAAACUAUACCAUGGCUACGACGCACAUUCCGUAUCAAGCAUCUAUCAUCAUACCUCUUAAACUUGUUACAAUCAAUCCUCAGACCCAUACCACCCAGCCCUAUCCUCACCAACCCCUCCCCGCCCGACACAGCCCUUCACAACGGCAUCCCCUACAUCUCCCUCAAUAGCGCCUACCACCACACGCUCCGCCAAUCCUGGACCAACGACCCCACCAAGCUCUACCUCGAAAGCUGCUUCGACCCCGAAUCCCCUGUCAAUCUCGCCACUGACUUUGGUAUCGAGGGGUUGUGUCCCGUAGUCAAGGCUACGGAGGGGGAUAGGUUUAUAUUAAGGGAUGGAAGGGGGAGGUAUUAUCUUUGGGAUGGGUGGAGUGGGGAGUUAAGACGGUUUAGGGAGAGGUGGACGCAGGGGUGCAAGAAUAAGGAGGAGGUGGUGCAGGGGCUCGUGUGCGAGAUGACGUGGGCGGAGGCGGAUACGGAUGUUGUUGGUAGGGGGAGGUGA